AUGCCCCGGCGCUACACUCAAGGAGCGGAGAUUGGUGCUGUUGUUGAGAGUGAAGCUAAAGUGAAGACCAGAGUUCGCUUUGAGGAGUUGCUGAAGGCCCACAAUGAUCUAAUGCGUGAAAGAAAAAAACUGAAGAAAAAGAUUGUCCAAUCUGGAGAAAAAAUCUCACUUGAUGCUGUUACAAGCAAUCUUCAGAAAAUCAGGGAAACUAAAAGUGAUGAUAUAACUGCUGUUAAUACUAAGAACCCAGAGAAGCACAUGCGAGUGACUAAAAACAAACCAAGGGAUCCGCAGUCAGCAACUGAAGAUCCAGAAAAUGAUGUUAGUGUGGAGGACACCAAGCAAGAAAAGGCAAGUAAGAAGGUUACGAAAAGAGCGCUUCAGGUGACUGCACAAGAGAUGGAGCCAGAAGCUCCUGAGAAGGGAGAUGCAACACCUCAGAAAACACAGACUAAGCCACAGCCUGGCGUCACUCAUGACAAAAGUGAAAAGGCCAAGGAGGAAGGAGAAAAGAAUAGUUUAGAUGAGGAACAACUGAUGCAAGUGUACCAGCUGCAAGCAGCUGAAGAAAUGGCAAAGGAGAUUAAGAAGAAAAUCCGAAAGAAACUCAAGGAGCAGUUGUCUUACUUUCCCUUAGAUUCUUCAUUGCAUGAUGACAAAUUGAGUGGUGAAAAAAGAAAAAAGAAAAAAAAGAAAGUUCCCAUCUUGUCUAAAUCUGAAACAAGUACAUCGAUCAUCUCUGAUGACCCAGUUGAAGGUGAACAAAAGAAAGAAUCUCCAGUUGAAGCAGUUACUUCAAAUACUCAUCAAGAUGAUGAAAUGAGCUCAAAGGAACAAAAUGUAGAAGACAACAUGCAAGAUGACACAAAAUCCAAACUGAAAAAAAAGAAAAAGAAGGCUAAAACAGGUGAUAAUGAAGACACUGAUGGUGAUGGUGUUCAUGAAAUAACAAGCCGUGAUAGUCCAGUUUAUCCCAGAUGUUUGCUUGAUGGUGACCUUGUCCUGGGAGUUUACAUUCACCGGACUGAUCGACUUAAGUCAGAUUUUAUGAUUUCUCAACCAAUGGUUAAAAUUCAUGUGGUUGAUGAGAAUACUGGUCAAUAUGUCAAGAAAGAUGAUAGUGAACGGCCUGUUUCAUCUUACUAUGAAAAAGAGAAUGUGGAUUAUAUUCUUCCUAUUAUGACCCAGCCAUAUGAUUUUAAACAGUUAAAAUCAAGGCUUCCAGAGUGGGAAGAACAAAUUAUAUUUAAUGCAAACUUUCCCUAUUUGCUUCGAGAUUUUGACGAGAGCCCUAAAGUCAUCCUGUUCUUUGAGAUUCUUGAUUUCUUAAGCAUGGAAGAAAUUAAGAGUAACUCUGAAAUUCGAAACCAAGAAUGUGGCUUCCGGAAAAUCGCCUGGGCAUUUCUCAAGCUUCUAGGAGCCAAUGGAAAUGUAAACAUCAAUUCAAAACUUCGCUUGCAACUGUAUUACCCACCUACUAAGCCUCGAUCCCAGUCAAAUGUCGUUGAGGUUUUUGAGUGGUGGUCAAAAUGUCCAAGAAAUCAUUAUCCAUCAACAUUGUAUGUAACUGUUAGAGGAUUGAAAGUUCCAGAAUGUGUAAAGCCAUCUUACCGUUCUAUGAUGGCUCUUCAGGAAGAAAAGGGGAAACCAGUGUACCGUGAGCGACACCAUGAGCCAAGUUCAGUGGACGCAGAGCCUGGAUUAGAAGAUUCAAAGGAAGUGGUGAAGUGGAAACGGUUGCCUGGGCAGGCCUGCCGUAUCCCAAACAAGCACCUCUUCUCACUAAAUGCAGGAGAGCGAGGAUGCUUUUGUCUUGCUUUCUCCCACAAUGGAAGAAUAUUAGCAGCAGCCUGUGCCAGCCGGGAUGGGUAUCCCAUUAUUUUGUAUGAAAUUCCUUCUGGACGUUUCAUGAGAGAAUUGUGUGGCCACCUCAAUCUCAUUUACGAUCUCUGCUGGUCCAGAGACGAUCGUUAUGUUCUCACUGCGUCGUCUGACGGCACUGCCAGGAUAUGGAAAAAUGAAAUAAGCAAUACAAAUACUUUCAGAGUUUUACCUCAUCCUUCUUUUGUUUACACGGCUAAAUUCCACCCAGCUGUAAGAGAGCUGGUGGUGACAGGAUGCUAUGAUUCUGUCAUACGUAUAUGGAAAGUUGAUAUGAGAGAGGAUCCUGCCAUAUUGAUCCAACAGUUUGACACUCACAGGAGUUUCAUCAACUCUCUCUGUUUUGAUAUUGAAGGUCACCACAUGUAUUCAGGAGACUGCACAGGGGUGAUUGUUGUCUGGAAUACGUCUGUCAAAGCCGACGAUGUACAACGCUCAGUGCGUCACUGGGGCGUUAACAAGGAAAUUAAAGAGAGUGAGUUCAAGGGAAUCCCGAUAAGUUACUUGGAGGUUCAUCCCAAUGGAAAACGUUUAUUAAUUCAUACCAAAGACAGUACUUUGAGAAUUAUGGAUCUCCGAAUAUUAGCAGCAAGGAAAUUUGUAGGUGCAGCAAAUUAUCGAGAGAAGAUUCACAGCACUUUGACACCAUGUGGGACCUUUCUCUUUGCUGGAAGUGAGGAUGGUAUAGUAUAUGUUUGGAACCCAGAAACAGGAGACCAAGUAGCAAUGUAUUCUGACCUGCCAUUCAAGUCACCAGUUCGAGACAUUGCUUAUCAUCCACUUGAAAAUAUGGUUGCAUUUUGUGCAUUUGGGCAGAAUGAGCCAAUUCUCCUAUAUAUUUAUGAUUUCCAUGUUGCCCAGCAGGAGGCUGAAAUGUUCAGACGCUACAACGGAACCUUUCCAUUACCUGGAAUACACCAAAGUCAAGACGCUUUAUGCACCUGCCCUAAACUGCCUCAUCAAGGAUCCUUUCAGAUUGAUGACUAUGUCCCCACUGAACAUUCUUCAAUGAAGAUGCAGCAAGUGAAACAGAGAAUUGAUUCUGUCACAGAGGUGAUACGAGCCUGUGCAGCAAAGGUCAACAAAAAUCUCUCAUUCACUUCAACAUCUGCCGCCUCACAGCAGUCUAAGUCAAAACAAUCAAACAUGCUGGACGCUCAUCAGAUUCUGCGUCAGUUUGGUUUCACUCAAACCGGGAUUAUGAGCAUAGAAAGAAAGCCUUGUAACCACCAUGUAGAUACAGCACCAACGGUAGUGGCUCUUUAUGACUACACAGCGAAUCGAUCAGAUGAACUAGCCAUCCAUCGCGGAGACAUUAUCCGAGUGUUUUUCAAAGAUAAUGAAGACUGGUGGUAUGGCAGCAUAGGAAAGGGACAGGAAGGUUAUUUUCCAGCUAAUCAUGUGGCUAGUGAAACACUCUAUCGAGAACUGCCUCCAGAGGUAAAGGAGAGAUCCCCUCCUUUAACCCCCAAGGAGAAAGCCAAAGUGGAAAAAGCUUUUCCAGCUCCGCAGAAGCAGUCAUUCAAGUCCCAAGAUUUCAGACUGAGCUCAGAGUCCAUGGCACAUUCUGAGGGGGGCAGAGAACAGAGUCAGGAGGACCAAGGACACGUCGUGGACACACAGGGGAAGGAGACGGGGCAGACGAGCCGGAAAGCCACCCUCACCGAGGCUGUGGGGCUCCUUUGUGAGGAGAUAGGCCGUCACCCAGCAUGUGGUGAGAUGGCGUCUCUCCCGUGGCAGCAGGACCCUGCCGUCCCCGGGGCUCCGUGCCCGGGCUGUCGGCAGCCGGCACUGUGCUGCUAA